UGCCACCACGUUGAUAAGCCCCUUUUUUUUUAAUAGAAAAAUUCAGAAUGUAAAAAGUCUGGCUUCUUUCGAGCUAGUGCCUUGUACGUUUCUUCUUUGCUACCACAGAUGACGCAACUAGUAUUAUCCAUCGUAUAUUCCUGAACCUAAGCGCGUAACUCAGAACGAAAGUCUAGGCUGAGCACGAGAUUAUUGGUUCGGCGCAGUUCGAGCGAGGGUAACCCUUUUCAAACUGCACAAUAUUUUUCUUGCCAUUUCAGCAUACCCCGGAUUACAGGGCGUUCGUGCGGUUUCGUUACAGUUCAGAUCAUCUGACAGGCGACGCAGCUGUACGCCACGCAUCCACUGGAAACAACAUUGUGUGGUACAAUCUCGAAUGACUUCGAAGCUGUUUUAGUCGAACGAUGGGCUCUUUGCGUUGCCCUUUCCCUUCGUAUGCAGGUUGUGCGAACGUGUACGGUCGAACGUGAAAUGAUUGUAGAAUCACUACCGAACCAAGGCCCAAGGAUACGAAGGUUUACCAGCUGAUGCUUCACAAAAACAAAGGAACACCUUGGCAGUAAAGUCUGGUUGACGUUAGGCAUUUUAAAGGUUUUUAACCUCCUAAAAACAAAGCAUUUAAUGACACAGCCGUCUGAAUUUUGCUAUAGAAAGAACAAUUAAUUACAAUUAAUUACAACAAAUUAAAAAUCUCAAUCUCUGAUUUUUCUUAUAUCCAUCAUCAAUGAUUUGGUCGUCUUGAGGUUGUUUGUCAUGUGCUACUUCAAAAUAGGUCAAUUUAGUCGCACACCUUACAAUUUAAGUGAAUAAAAAAAUGCAUUUAUUACACUACAGGAAGAUGGAUGAUAUUACCACAUAAGUAUUUACCAUUAACGAUGGAAGCGUAUUCUGUGACACUGUACUGAUUUCAAGCGGUUCUUUACAAUAAAUUUUCGACAAAUGUUAAUCUCAAUAAGUUUCGCUUUGGCAACCUAGAAAGCUCGAGUGCCUUUCUGAAAGUAUUGUCUCACUUAACAUUGCUAGUAACGAACUUUGCUCUGUCAGGUUUACAUUCAGGAAAUUAUACUGCACAUAUGUAUAUAAAAUAGAACUUUCCUCUGACAAGCUUAUUCGCCCCAAUAAUUUGUCGUUUUGCUUCUGUCCCAACCUCAUACACCCAUAUCUAGGAGAUUACUCACCAUACUUACCCUCAGGCACACAGGCUCGUAUCUAACUAGUAGUACACAAGACCAUUUGCUAUCUAUGUCGCUGUUUUAUCCGCUAUUGUGGGUUUGCGCCUACUGGCUAAGGCCGCCACAUUUGCCUGAUAAAAGUAUGCCUGACGGCGAUACUGGACGUAAAAGGAUUUAAAACACUGUUCAGCUUUUGCAACUUUGUUUGUAUCAGUAAUGAGCGCAUUGAAAGCGCUUUCCUUUUAUUACUGCAGAGUUCAUUUCUUUGUUGCGGAAUGCAAUUCUUAUCACACUGCAAAUGGUCAUGUUAUUUAUUUUUGGGUAAUUGGCGUGCCGAGUUGCGGCAGCACCAGAAGCCAAUUACUCUGUCAAUGUCUGUGCCGCCGCUAAUCGGGCGCCAGCGCCAAACCCACUGACAAGAGUCUCCAGUCAAAACAACUCCACCGCGAGAAGUGUAAAAACCUACUUUUUGGCGCCGCAUAAAAAACAGUUAGUUAUUGCAAAGCGAAAUAGCAGCAUUUAUGCGCGAUGUCCUUCUCUUGUCUAUUCAGUAUAGUGUGGCGGUUGACCAGCAACUGGUCCCCCUUGAACAACAACACGGCGGCCGUCAGUAGUGCCGCGGUGACUUUCUGUAGACUUCAUCGUAGCUCAGUUGUUGUUCUACAAGUGAGCGCCGUCAUUGUUUUCCUUUUUCGCGCUGCAAUUCACUGUUCACUACACGAGCCAAUCGCCAAUUGCUCAUCGUGUUGGCCUCCGUGACGUCAUCUGCUCCGCGAAUCGCGGGCAUUUGCCUCUUGUCGUUGUUGUACCGCUGCUGCUACGGCUGGCCCUACACAUUCAUAGAGGCGCAUGGACAGUUAAACUGCUAACACACGCGACCCAAAGACCCUCUCAGAGACACACACACGUGCGCCCGCGAAGACACAGACAUCACACACGCAUGCCCAGCCACACUUACCAGACAGACACACACACACAUGCACACUCACAGGGACACUCAUACAACAUAGAAACGUCGGCAGAGAAAUGCGGCUCCAGCUGGCUGUUGCCAUCCGCUAUUGGUAGAAGCCGAGCCGCUUGAUGUCUCGACCCGGUCAGGCCGAUUCUGCGGAUGUUGUUGUUAUUGUUUUGAAAGGUGCGUUCCGCGCUAUUCAACAUGACGCGACCACCAGCAAAUCGCGGACGACAACACGUUUCGAGACCCAGCAACCUUUCCACCACAGCCCGCAUCUCUGACGCAGAUAAUCUCAAUUCUAUAGGGAUCUAGUUCAUCACGCGCACUAACCGCACAUGCGCAACAUGCGGCGCGAGCGGGAAACGAACUGAAGGAGAAGGCACGCGUGGAGAUGGAGAGGCGCCAAGCGCCAAACACCGCCAGCAGCAGUGAGUCGCUUUCACAGCACAAAUACUGUUUUACUCUGGCGAUCAAGAAAGAGCAAGGGGAUUCGACGACGUCCGCUCUGUGGCGCCGGCAACAUUUUUAUUGCAGUUAACAGUAGCUGGUGAUGUUGUUACCGCCGUCACUGGCGCAUUCGCUGCUGCGGCCAAUGGCGGUAGCGCGGAUGACUGUGUUGUCUGGCCAAGUAGAGUGAAGAGCGCACAUAGUAUACGAUGACGAACUAUUGCUGUAGCGCGGCCGCUAUGACCAUCGGUGUAUCGUUGCGCCGGGGCGGCUAGGCUGAUAUUUACAAACUGUGAAGCCUGGCGAACGGGAGAUCGCGUCGCCUGUGGGUACAACAACGACGGGAGGUGAUCGUAAGCAAGCCAGCCAGCAGUGGACAGCCGUUGUUAAUAGUUACAUAGCUGAGACCUACAUACGACACAUUAUGUCAGUUGACUUUAAUCUGGCCAAGAACAAUCAGGCCAAGUGUUUACUUUAACACAGGACGAACACAAUCGGUCAGCGGAACGCAAUACAAGUGAGAAUUGAAGGGCAGUCCUUUACUUCGAACUAUUUAGCUGCAGCGUUCUGCCAUCUAACCGUGGAUUUAACCAUUUAAUGCUUUACUUUGUAGUAUUUGUGCUUGUGUAUGAUUGAGUGAACCACUUACGGAUAUUUCAACGCAUUAUCGACAUCUAACGAAAGGAUAACCAAUUGGAUAAUACGACGUUACGUAGAUAUUUGAGCGUACGCGUUGAUGUGUGCGCUGAUGAUGGUGUGUACAAAGAUAUCGUCCACUAUUAUCUAACUACACGCAAUCUGGAUUCCUACUAGCUGUUGCUGAACGUAUCGUGAGGUUGGUGAUUACUUAAUGGUUGACUAUUGAUGCUAGUACGACAGUUUAACCCCGUCAACAGCACUGUCUAAAACCAACACGUAAAUAAGCCUGCCGUCCACAUCGGUGUCCUUUACGGACAGAAUAUACAUCUGAAAUAGCGACAAAACCAAUAGAACCAGCCUAGCCAGGACAUCUGUGGCGGCACUGAAGGGCCGUUAUCUUUUCGUUAGGAUAUUCUCAGUAUUGUUCUUAUAUUGGUCGUCGUAUCUGAUCUUCAAUAGAGAUGUCUGUGUGAGAAAGACCGAACUGUGCGAUCGUCAACCUCCCUGUGACUAUGUGUAACUGAAUUGUAUUGAUAUUCCUAAGGCUUAGUCAAUAGCAUUCGAAUGAUUUCCACUGGAGGUGGAGUACCAGAGUAUCUGUUUCGCCUAGCACAGCAUCUGUUCUGCUUGGUACACAGCCAAAACUCAAUAUCAACGCAAAACAAUUCGAGCGGUUCCCCUCUUACUAUCCACAGCGUAAUCAUCUGUGUUUGAUUGGCAAACCCGGGCAGAAUCGACUUGAACGCAUCGACGAAUACAGGUUACACACUGUAACGGAACAACAGUUGUUGUUGUUGUUGUCGUCAAUUUUCUUUCGUUGGCAGCUACUUGAGCAACGGCGGUGGAAUUGACAACAGCUGGCGCCAGUAUCGUUUGGAUUUAUGGAAAAAAACACAACUUUUCCAUGUAGAUAUUUUGCUGUGAGCGUGUAAAAGCUUUUGUGAGCGUAACAACUGGUCGUACUUUUGCGCUGUGGAGAAUCGCUCGUGUGAUAUAGGGUGCGUACUGUUAUCAUCGAUAGAGAAUCGGAACGGUUUGUUCUCGGGUGUCAGUCCUGUUUGGACAUGUUCAAAUUUUGCAGUUCACGAAUGGUGGUCGAUAUGAAGCUCAAAGAUAUUAGUGACCUAAACGGCCACAAUCCGCUCUCGAUGCAGGCCGUUAGCCACAACCAUACUCAAAGUCCGUUGCCUUUGCAGACUUUGGGCUCGGCCGGCCACAGUUCGCCGUUGGUUAUGGAUGAGCUGGUUUGCGCAAUUCGUGAAAACCUCAAGCUUAAGGCGGCCAAAUCACCAAUCGUCUCUGUACAAUUGACAAGUCGGACUGGCGGCACGGGCUGCACCUGUGGGUCGGGAGCAACGUUCACUAAUGGCGGACGCGCGUCCCGUCGAGUGUCGCCGUACAGCGUACCGUCCCGCGAGAAUCGUCGACCCGAUACAAUUCGUUUUGGCUGUGCGUGCGGCGCAUCAACAACAGCUAGCGGAACCAUUCGCGGAUCCGGGCAUUCAUCGCGUGGCGGUGGAGGCGCUAGACCAGGUCGAUCCGCUGGUCAGGAGGAUCCAUACGAGCUGCUUCAGGCUCUACUACGGCGAGGCACUUUGAUUCAAGAAGCGGUUAGACGGUUGCGUGAACCCCAGACAAAGGCGGGCAACAAAGCCGCUGUUCUCGCGCGAACCCCCUCAUCCGUUGAGAGUUGUGCCAGCUGUGAUUCGAACCCUCCAACAUCAUCAGGACCCGCGAGCUUCUUAACGACGGCAGCCGCAUGUGCCGCCACUUAGUGGGCUAACGAACACACAUUUAGGAACCAAUAUAAAAAAUGUUUACCAAUUCAUUCAUUGUGUACAUAUGAGAUAAGAAAAAAACAAAUUGUCAAUCAAUUUUAUUAUUAGUUCCAUUAUUACUAUUACGAAAAACUAAGUAAUUAAGCAAUUUAGAAAUAAAGGGAGAGGAGAAGAAGGAUGCAAGGAAGAGCGAAAGAAGGAUAAAUGAAAAGUAGAAAGCGACUACGAAAUCAAAUCAUGUGGGAAUAUGACAACAACAACAACAACAACAACAACGAAUUUAUAUUGAGAGUAUUGAAAAAAAAACAAAAUAACAGGCAAGAAAAAAUUAGCAACAAACAAUUCCGUUUGAAUUCAGGAACGAGUAAAUGUUAAAGGCAAUGAAAGAGAUGCAACUCAACAAGGGUAGAAAACGGACAAAAAUUAUGUGUACGUAGGCAAGGAAGACGUGUACAAGUAUUGUCGCAAUUUUUAGUUGAAUACCCGAAGCUGUCUCGGACAACUCCCAUGAAAACUUAUAUUGUAAAGCUAACCAGCCAAUAGAUAAUAUACAUUAAUGAAACAAUAAAUGAGAAAGAGAGAACACAUACAGCCAAACAGUUCUAAUUCUAUCGAUAAACAUCUCAUCGUGCCGUUUAGCGGUAGAUGAAGGAAUAUAGGAAAAAAAAUUAGAUAAAAUCUAAUAAAUGGGUAACAAGCGGAAAAUGAAAUUAUCUCAUAAACAUUUGUCAGCGUCACUAUGAUCACUAGGUCGGAGCCAGAAAAACAUUAAUCAUAAAAACAAAAAACACGUGCGCACACGCAUACACAUACCAGAUCCAGUCACAUUCACACGCACUCAAGUAAAUGGACAUGGACAUCUUAGGCCAUUUCUUAAAUUGCUAACGAGGACAUUGAAACACUAUUCAGCAGAGCAUUAUUAGUAAGAAGGUAUGCGCAACGGGUGAUGAUAUUGAGAGAUGACAGUGUGAUAAAUCUAAUAAUCAUUACGAUAAUAAUGAAUGCAGUGAAAAGACGCAAACUGUAGACAAAUGAGUUAAGUACACAGGCAGUAGUAUGCUCUAUAUCCUGAACCACUAUUCGACUCCGAGUGAAGUUAAGUGGAAGAGAUUGAUAAGCGCUAGUGAAUUCGUGUGUGUUGUGAGUGAUGUAGGUCGGAAAACGUGCAGUCGUGGAGUGGAGUAUGCGCAACUCGGCCAGAAACGUCUAGUGAAAGGGACAGCAAUGAAAACUCAGGCAGUAAUGGAGUGUCUGGUGUUCGAUAGGAGCGGAAUUGCUUGCAGAUGAAUGCGAAAAAUCAUCGAAAACGAAAUGAAUGAUGCCUAUAAUGAUGAUGAUCAUGACGGCGAAGAGUAGUAAACUUUAGAAACCAGGAAAGGGAGAGGGUGGAUUGAGACGGCGUCAUCUGCUGGCAUCAAUCUGUUUCGCAGAAAUGGAGUACGCGAAGGCGCAAAUUAGCUUGGUUGGGUGGCCAUCAAUAGGGGACUGGUGAAGCUGACGUAGAUUUCAGUGGAAGCGAUGACAGAAUGGAAAAACAAUAUAAUAGCGAGAAAUAAUGGUAGGGAGAAAGAAAACAAGGAGAUUUCUCAUGCUGUCAGAAGCGGAGCAGGUAUGUGAACAGAAGUGACAAUAUGGAAUGACAAUAUGCAGUGACAAUAUAAAACAUCACAACAUUAUUGUAAUCAUUUAAAGAUAAAGAAUCGUAACUGGUCUGCCCGACGAAAGCUCAUUGGCCACCCUCCAGUUUCAGCAUCUCAAAUCAAUUUAGAAAAUAAUUUUCAAAUUUGGCGCGUUUUCUCAGUACAGGGAAAUGCUCGUUUUAUUUUUGCGUUCAAUGACGAUGUUUAUCAUGGCGAUGGUAAUAGUGGAACGAUUGAGCUUUUGCUUUACUUUUCGACUCCGCAAUGCUGUUUCACUGGACGAAAUCGAACUAAAGUGCGGUUCCGUUAUGUGAAUUUAUCCAAUCUUGAAAUCAAAACAAGAUGCGAUGUAGUGGUAACUCCGAAAUUAGGUUGCGUUGCAUAGUCAGAUUAAGCUUAAUAAUCUUUUUUAAUGAAACGAAUUAGUUAAGUUGUGCUUUAAAAUGAUUGAUUUCUGGUGUCAUUACGCAACUUCCAAUUCAACUUUCAAUGCUUUAUUUAGUCAAAAUAUUCAGAGCACGCUUACGCACGAUUUAGCCUUUUCUGGGUUAAAAAUCUGAUAGGAAACGUAUUAUUGGUUCUAUUUAAAUAACAAGAAAUGAAACACAAGCAUUGUCCCCAUGCUGGAGGCGCGGCGUGUGUAAACACAGUAAGAAUUACUAUUAUUAUUAUGUCGGUAAGGCAACACUAAGUUAUUGAAGUCGCUGAAGGUUACCUGCGAUGUUUAUGGUUGUAACCAAUAAAACGAAGCGCAUGCGAAAGCUGUUAAAUGACCAAAGACUUUGUUUGUUUUUAUUUGUUUCAUUAUAAAAACUAUAUGCGUUUUAUAG